CUCAAGAGCAAAAUAGCGGCAUGUUGUGACAUAAAGUACUGUAUGACAAGCCAUUUGUCAACGAGCAAUCAUGGCAGAUGACAACACUGACCAGAAGCACUACCCUGGUAUUACAUCGCCAAUCAGUUUGGACAAACCCAAGCCUCUGGACUUCAAGUUGUCAGCCAAGCUGGAAGAGAGCAUGCGACCAUAUGGAGUGUUUGAAAGUGAUGAGCAGUUAGCACAUAGAAUGGAUGUUUUACAUAAGAUAAACAGUAUUGUAAGAGAAUGGAUCAAAGAAGUUAGCAGACAGAAGAGCAACAUUCCUGAAAGCAAGAUAGACACCUUUGGUGGGAAAGUUUGCACAUUUGGAUCAUAUCGACUUGGAGUACACACAAAAGGUGGUGAUAUUGAUACCCUUUGUGUGGCACCCAGACACGUAGAUAGAUCCGACUUCUUUUCCUCAUUUUAUGAACUACUGAAACAACAGGAGGAGGUGAAGGACUUACGCGCAGUGGAAGAAGCCUAUGUACCAGUGAUAAAGAUGGUGUUUGAUGGAAUUGAACUUGAUAUGUUGUUUGCACGCCUAGCUUUGCCACAGAUACCAGAUGAUAUUGACUUGAGAGAUGAAGCAUUACUCAAAAACUUAUCAGAAAAAUGUGUUCGAAGUCUUAAUGGUUGUCGUGUGACUGACGAGAUACUACAUCUGGUACCUAACAAGGAAAGCUUCAGGAUGACUCUACGGGCAGUCAAGUUAUGGGCAAAAAAGAGAGGUAUCUAUUCCAAUGUGCUGGGAUUCCUGGGUGGAGUAUCUUGGGCCAUGCUGGUGGCAAGAGUUUGUCAGCUUUACCCAUAUGCUGCCCCAGCUACACUACUACACAAGUUCUUCAUGGUCUUCUACAAAUGGGACUGGCCACAGCCAAUUUUACUAAAACCUCUUCAGACUGACAAUCGGUUGAGCUUUCCUGUUUGGGAUCCGAGGGUCAAUCCUUCAGAUCGGUUUCAUCUAAUGCCUAUCAUUACGCCAGCUUAUCCUCAACAGAAUUCCACCUUUAACGUGUCUUUAAGUACUCGCACCAUCAUGAUGGAAGAGUUCAAAAGAGGUCUCGAUGUGGUCACCAGAAUAUAUGAGGUGAAAGAUGAUUGGGGGAAACUGUUUGAACCCAGUACCUUUUUCCUGAAAUAUAAACACUACAUUGUGUUGAUUGUAUCUGCAGAAGAGGAAACCUCCUACUUAGAAUGGCAUGGUUAUGUGGAGUCCAAGAUUCGACUUUUAGUUGGCAAUCUGGAACGGAAUCCAUUCAUCAAAAUAGCACAUGUAAUGCCUGAGUCUCUUGGACCCCUCACUGAAAGUGAUGGCCAGUAUAUGUGUAAAUGGUUUAUUGGACUGACUUUUAAUGAGGUGAAAAAUCAAAACAUUGAUCUCACAUAUGAUAUCCAGCCAUUCACUGCAACAGUGCAUAGACAGGCAGUCCAUAUCAAGUUGAUGAAACAAGACAUGAAGAUUGAAAUCAAGCACGUGAAACGAAAGCAGCUCGUUCAAUAUGUACCCACAGACUUGCUACAGAGAGGGAAAUCAUUGGAACCCAGGAAGAAGGAUAACCGUUCCAGUAUAGAGAGCAGUGGUAAGCCUAAUGACCAAUCUCAGGGCCUCACUCAUAGUAAGUCAGAUACGGAACUCCUCCGGUCAGAUACCAUCACAGUGGACAUUCAGGAUGACUCGAGUCGAGAUUCAAGGAGUGCCACACCAACACAGGACAGUCACAGCCCCAGUAAAGAUACCACAAAUGGGGAGGUGGAGCCAGCAUCUCCACCCACAGACACCAUCAUGCAGAGUCCAGUUUGUAUCUCCAAAAAGGAGAGCAGUAAUCAAGACAGCCCCAUAAAGCUAUCCACUUCCGAAGAAGACUCACAGAAUGUGCUUGGAUCUCCAAUGUAUGUUGACUCUUUCGGACAGAGUCCCAGCCGAAAACGUGAAGGUUCUCCAGUACGGCCAGACAGCCCAGUCAAACGAUCCAAGUCUAUAGAAGAGUCACAAGUAAGUCAGAAUGCUGUGGAAAGUCCCAUGGAUGGUGUGAAGGAAGGUGAAGCACGAGAUAGGACAAUGGAUCUUAUCAGUAAUCAGCAUGUCAAACGACUUCCCAGUGCAGACGUACCAGACCUGAUGAGUCCUCAGACAACACAUACACAAGCUGUCAAUGUGGCACGCAAAUGUAUUCGCCUAAAGCUCAAGUGA